AAUAUUGAUAAUUGGAUUGUAUUGACAGAUGAUGUGUACCCGUCGUCACUGCAAAGUGACUUUCAUUGGGUGCUUAAGAUUUCGAGCACAUGGGAGGACGUGAAGACACUGCGCCGAGAACUAGACAAAAGCCAGAGUUCAUCGGUGGCUCACUUCCGAAGCAAAAUGCUAUCAUCGGUGGAACAAAUGCAGACAUUCCUCGGAAUGCAAGACUUGGGCCGACUAUUCUAUAAGCCGAUGAAAGAUAGCGACGGCACGACUGUCUUGUGUACAAUCAAACGCAUGGUUGACGUGAAGAGUAUGAAUUGGCUAUCAUUGCGAUGGAUGCCAAUCGCCAAACUCCAGAAGAAACUUCAACUCAAUCUAAACGCCAACAACACGUCGAUAGCGGAGACAAGCGAUGCGUCGCCUAAUUGUGCUCUUAUCGGAGAUUUACUGCUUUCCUCUUUACAGGAAAUGACAUGUUAUCACAAGGCAUGCAAUAACCCACUGCCCCGCGGCCUAUAUCUAGCGUUUGUCAAACUGAAGACAUCGGUGGAGUUGAUGAGCAUUUUGGUGCCACAACACAGCCCUUAUGUCAUGCCUCACAUCAAAAUCCGCGAGAAUCCGCACGUUUCCAGAGAGGAGUGGAAUUGCCUUAAAGACUGCGUUAAUCCCAAUGAAUUAAAAGUGAUCAUCAGUUCAGACUCAUCGCAGUUAAAGUUUCUCCAAUUAAUCACUAAAUCGGCGAAUAUAUUGCUAAACACUAUGAAAAUACCGGAGAACGAGAUCUCCGGGCAUCGGAUCUACGACAUAGAGAUCAUUGAAUUGAGUCCAGACGUGUCUUUCAUACUAUUGUUACCACCGGUAGAGAAUGUUUGCUCCAUAUUCAGCCAAAUCGAUGAUCAAUUGCCCCUCAAUUUCAAUCUUAUUUACCUUCCGUUGAGAACGUUUGAAAUGAUCAAUUUAAACACAUAUCAGCAAACAUUUAUAGCCCGUUAUUCAAGAAUUUCUGCGAUUCUUGAAAUGGAUAUUCUGGUGGCACAGCAGCAGCACAGAGAGGCGUUUUCAUCGACCGAAGUGUCGGCCGCCAAAACACGUCUGAAUCAACUCCAAGAGUUUCAGUUGGUUUUGGACGAGUUGUGGCGAUCGAAGCGAUGGAUUAUGGAUGUGGUCACCUUUGCCAGAGACAGGCAAAGCAUUUAUGGCAUCUCUUUGGAUAAUAUCACACAUUCGCUGACGAAUAGCAAUGUCUUAUUAGAAGAGGAGUCGGCGUUUCAGAUACCGAUCAUUAAUCUCAGUUCUUCGGCGCUUAGUUCUCCGGUCUCGAGUCCACCGCCGCAUCCGACCAGUCGUCGGCCCAGUCGUGACGACUCGGCCAUCGAUACAAACUUUUUCUCCGAUCAGUUGCGGAUCAAUACAUCGACGUCUUCUUAUUCACUCAUCGAUUCCUUAUAUUUCAUGAAUUCUGACUAUAAAUCGGAAACAUUUACCGCCAAAAGUUGUGAUGAUAUGCGUCGAUGUGUCUCAGCCUCGAAACUAAUGAACGGUUCCGUACAUAGAAGUAAUAGCGAUGUGACACACAAUCAAUGGGCUAUGAAUCCCAUUAAUCCCAUUGUCUUAUCCGAAGAAAAUGUGAGAAGUUUAAAGUCGAGAGCGAACGCUGAGCUAAACGCCAAAUGUUUUGAAUCCGAUAUGGAUUUAAGCAAUGAUUUCAAGCAAUCAAAGGAUUCAAUGUCCGAACACAACAGCUUUCGUCCAUCAGUUUUGUCGAGCAUUUCGAGCGCCGACUCUUCCGAUUCGUGUCAAUGGCCGACAAAGAAAGACAACGAAUCACACGUUUGCCAACAAACAGAUGACAACAUAAGCCAUGCGUUUCCCCUCAAAAUCAAUCAUCAAUUUUGUGAUAAUUUUUUAGAUAAGAGUUUUGUAAUACGAGUUUACGCCGCCUAUGACUGCGGCCUACCCUAUGGCACGAGCGUUAAACUACAGGUCACUAUCGAGACCACAGUCAAAGAGAUCAUUGAAUUAGUGGUCAGGCAUUUGAAUUCAACCGUUCAGAUGAAGGGCGAGAGCUCUCCCAUCUAUGACUUGAGUCAAUUGAACCGAUUCUGCAUAAUAGCCGUCUAUUCCUCCGAAGUGAAGCAUCUGAACGACGACUUCAAAGUGCUUAACCUUCAGAGACCGUGGAAUCGGGCGAUGCUUUGUAUUAAGAUUAAGGAAUAAUAGCAGCGAUCAAUGCUUUCAAUCGAUUCUUACCAUAUAUUUCAUACCAUGUAUUUAUUUCAUUAUAAC